AUGUACCUCCCAAGCACGCAGCUACUUUCCUCCGAUACAGAAUUUGGGUCCCCGGACCAGAAGCUAGCAAACAGUCUCAGUCCAUCCUUCUCUGUCUCAACCAAUGAAGAAGGACAAUCCCCGCAGCAGAGUGGAGAAGAAAAAGGCAGCAUUGAAACUAGUGGGCACUACAGCGAUGAACGGAACACGUUCCUCAUCGACUGCAAGCGCCGUGGGCUAUCAUAUAAAGACAUCAAGCGAGUAGGUGGGUUCAAGGAGGCCGAAUCUACACUGCGAGGCCGGUAUCGCACCCUCACCAAGUCGAAAGACCAGCGAGUGCGAAAGCCAAAAUGGCAGGAUAAGGAUAUCCGACUCCUUUGCCAAGCUGUCAUCAUUCACGCUGAAUCUCACGACGCGUACAGCUCCCUAACUAAGGCUAGCAUGAAUAUGAAUGAGCCACCAAAGGUAUCCUGGAAAAAGGUUGCCGAGCAUAUCUGGGCUAAGGGGGGUUCUUAUCAUUUUGGUAAUGCCACUUGCAAGAAGAAGUGGUGCGAGAUUAACAGCAUCACGCUUUGA